AUGUGCGCCGACGCGCAGAUUGGGAUUGGGAAAAAUGUGCGCCGACGCGCUGAUUGGGAUUCGGGAGCAAUGUGCGCCGACGCGCAGAUUGGGAUUCGGGAGCAAUGUGCGCCGACGCGCAGAUUGGGAUUCGGGAGCAAUGUGCGCCGACGUGCUGAUUGGGAAGCAAUGUGCGCCGACGCGCAGAUUGGGAUUCGGGAGCAAUGUGCGCCGACGCGCAGAUUGGGAUUCGGGAGCAAUGUGCGCCGACGCGCAGAUUGGGAUUCGGGAGCAAUGUGCGCCGACGCACAGAUUGGGAUUCGGAGCAAAUGUGCGCCGACGCGCAGAUUGGGAUUCGGGAACAAUGUGCGCCGACGCGCAGAUUGGGAUUCGGGAGCAAUGUGCGCCGACGCGCAGAUUGGGACAGCAAUGUGCGCCGACGGCGCAGAUUGGGAUUCGGGAGCAAUGUGCGCCGAUGCGCUGAUUGGGAUUUGGAGCAAUGUGCGCCGAGGGCGCAGAUUGGGAUUCGGGAGCAAUGUGCGCCGACGUGCUGAUUGGGAAGCAAUGUGCGCCGACGCGCAGAUUGGGAUUCGGGAGCAAUGUGCGCCGACGCGCAGAUUGGGAUCGGGGCAAUGUGCGCCGACGCGCAGAUUGGGAUACGAGCAAUGUGUGCCCGGCGCAUUGGGAUUCGGGAGCAAUGUGCGCCGAUGCGCUGAUUGGGAAGCAAUGUGCGCCGACGCGCAGAUUGGGAUUCGGCGCAAUGUGCGCCGACGUGCUGAUUGGGAUUCGGGAGCAAUGUGCGCUUACGCGCAGAUUGGGACUCGGGAGCAAUGUGUGCGCCGAUGCGCUGAUUGGGAAGCAAUGUGCGCCGAGCGCCAGAUUGGGAUUCGGGAGCAAUGUGCGCCGACGCGC